CAGCCAGGCCUGACUCUGUUUUCUCCCGCAUGCAGUCUGACUACCUGCUUCAAGAUUACCCGGUCACCGUGCCCUCCAACCUGCAGGACGAGGAGCUCUGCGGGGCCCUCUGGCGGCUGGUCCUGGCACAGCGCUGGAUGGAGCGGCUCAAGACCGUGGCUGGGUCCAAGAUGCAAGGCUUGCUGGAGCGCGUGAACACGGAGAUACAUUUUGUCACCAAAUGUGCCUUUCAGCCCCCCCCCAGCUGUCUUCGCUUCGUCCAGACCAACAUCUCCCGCCUCCUGCAGGAGACCUCCGAGCAGCUGGUGGCUCUGAAGCCCUGGAUCACUCGCCAGAAUUUCUCCCGGUGCCUGGAGCUGCAGUGUCAGCCUGACUCCUCAACCCUGCCACCCCCACGGAGUCCUGGGGCCCUGGAGGCCACGGCCCUGACAGCCCCGCAGCGCCCUCUGCUCCUCCUCCUGCUGCUGCUGCCUGUGGGCCUCCUGCUGCUGGCCACUGCCUGGUGCCUGCACUGGCAGAGGACGCGGCGGAGGACACCCCGCCCUAGGGAGCAGGUGCCCCCUGUCCCCAGUCCCCAGGACCUGCUGCUUGUGGAGCACUGACCUGGCUGGGGCCUCAUCCUGCGGAUCCUAAACAACCCAGUGAGACAGACACAUCUAUCAUCCCAUUUUACAGGGGAGGACACUGAGGCACACAGAGGGGAGUCACCAGCCAGAGGAUGCAUAGCCGGCACACAGAGGAAGUGGGCUAGAGGCCGGUCCCUUCCUUGGGCCCAAUACCCCUCUCAUUCCCUCCCCAGGAUGGAGGCAACACCAGAACGCAGCACCGGCCCCACUUACCCAACUCUGUACAAAGCCCUUGUCCCCAUGAAAUUGUAUAUAAAUCAUCCUUUUCUACCA